UGAGAGUGAGCGAGAGUGAGAUGCGCAGGAUUAGAUGGGCUGAUUUGUAUUGAAGGCUUUGUCAGCGUCUCGCCAUGAGCCAUGAAAUUGUGCUGUACAGCAAGGGCAAGGGCAAGGGCCUGGAUGACCCUCUGAAGCGCUUCACUAAGCGCACGGUGGACUAUGGCUCCGACCUUGUGCGCUGGAUGGAGGACUUGUCUUCCAGACCAAAACGCCGGCGCUUCCAAAGGCACUACAGCUACACCAAGGAGCUCGUGCCGCCCUUUGCCAUGCCCCACAACCCUUAUGACGGCAUUUGCCCACGUUUCGUGCACGCCGCGGUGAACAAGAACCGGUCACCGGUUCAUGUCGUCACCUGGUUUCCGAACGGUCGACGAGUGCUGACCGGCACCCUGGCGGGGGAAAUGACCAUUUGGAGUGGCUUGCAGUUCCAUUCGGAGAACGUGAUGCAGGCGCACAAUGCUGGCAUCAAGGCGAUGAAAUGGACCCCGGAUGAGUCGGUGAUGGUCAGCGGGGACCAGCUGGGCUUCAUCAAGCUCUGGGACCAGUACAUCUACAACUUUCAGACGUUUCAAGGGCACAAGGACUCGGUUUGCGAUAUUGCAAUCGCGCCUACUGGGGAGAAGUUCUGCUCCUGCGCGGAUGACUCCCAUGCCAAGGUUUGGGACCUCAGGACUGGAGACGAGGAGCGCGCAUUCACAGGCCAUGGCUGGGAUGUGAAGUGCUGCGCCUGGCAUCCGCUAAAAGGCUUGGUGGCCACAGGCUCCAAGGAUUCGCAGAUCAAGCUCUGGGAUCCCAGGGCCAGUGAAGCCAUCACCACCAUCUUCUGCCACAAGAAUACCGUGACGCAAGUGGCUUGGAGCCCCAGUGGUUCGUGGUUGGCCUCCGCCAGCCGGGACCAGCUGGUGAUGCUGCUGGACAUUCGCACAAUGAGCGUGCGGAAGGUCUUCAAAGCACAUCAGAAGGAGGUCACUUCCCUCUGCUGGCAUCCAGAGAGCGAUGGCUUGCUGGCGUCCGGGGGCUACGACGGGGCGUUGCACUUCUGGGGCACCAUGGGAUCCGCGCUGCCCAUUGAGAGUCUGCCCAUGGCGCACGAAGGCCCGGUGUGGUCACUGGCCUGGCAUCCUUUGGGCCACCUUCUGGUCAGUGGGUCCAACGACUACUCCACGCGCUUCUGGUCUCGAGGGCGCCCCGGGGAUGAGAACUUCGAGCAGUUUCUGCCCAAGCGCGUGGGGUUGGGCUCGGCGGAGACUUUGACUAUCCCGCCCACACCGCCCACAUCCACAGAUGGAGUGUUGAAGGCCGGGGUCCUUUCGGCGCUGCCGGCGCCGGCGCCCACCCCGGAGCUGCUGUCCAUCCUGAACGGCACCUUGGCGCUGGCGCCGGAGCCGGAGCCGGAGAAGCCGGAGGAGCCCAGCGACUCGACGCCCAUGGUGGGGCUCUCGCUCGGAGAGGGCCCCAAUGCCAAGAGCGUCCUGGACACAGCGGACUUUGAUGCGGAGGAGAGGCCGGAAAAGCGGCUCACCAAAGUGGAGCCAGAGGAGAAGGCCCUUCGCACCAAAGCGGAGCCUGAGGCCGAGGCAAAGCCGGUGAAGCCAGUCAAGACCGAGGAGAAGGCUGACAAGCCUACAGUCGUCAAGGUGGAGGAAGAUGCGUGAGCGGCAGAAAAGAAAAGAAGAGCUUUGC